CGUUAUCCGCAACUCGCAAGAAAGAUUAACGGCUUCGCGCCUUUCAGACACUCAAGCUCAAGCUGUCAAGCAAAGACCAGCAGAAAGCUCAAUGGCUUCUGCCAUUUUCUCUGUACUUCAGGGCUCUGCUUUUCCUUCUUCUUUUGUAUCCCACAAAAUCAACUCCUUCACCUUUCCGAUCUCAGCCAAAGUUCCACUUGUUCGCUUCAGAAAAACUCUGUCCGCUAAAUCUCUUGCUUCUGUCGAAUUUGAUACAUCAUUGUCGCCUGCGAUUCAGACAUUCUGGCAGUGGCUAUGGGAAGAAGGGGUCAUCUCUUCGAAAACGCCAGUGGAGCCCGGGGUCGUGCCGGAAGGCCUCGGACUUAUUGCCAGGAGAGACAUUUCGCGAAACGAAGUCGUUUUGCAGGUGCCCAAGAGACUAUGGAUAAACCCCGAUGCCGUGGCGCGUUCGGAGAUUGGGAACGUUUGUAGCGGAUUGAAGCCUUGGGUGUCGGUUGCUCUGUUCUUGAUUAGAGAGAGGUCCAGGGAUGAGUCUGUUUGGAAGCAUUACUUCAAAAUUCUCCCAGAGGUCACUGAUUCGACGAUAUAUUGGUCAGAGGAGGAGCUCUCUGAGCUUCAAGGUACUCAACUUCUGAAUACAACACUAGCCGUGAAAGAAUACGUGCAGAAUGAGUUUCUAAAACUGGAAGAAGAAAUCAUACUCCCUAAUAAGAAGCUUUUCCCUUCUCCGAUCACACUGGAUGACUUCUUCUGGGCAUUUGGAAUUCUCAGAUCAAGGGCUUUCUCUCGCCUUCGCAAUGAAAAUCUAGUGGUGAUUCCGCUUGCAGACUUGAUAAACCAUAGUGCCAGAGUAACAACAGAAGACCAUGCUUAUGAAAUUAAAGGGGCAGCAGGUCUUUUCUCGUGGGAUUACCUGUUUUCUCUAAGGAGCCCUCUUUCUGUCAAGGCUGGGGAGCAGAUAUAUAUUCAAUAUGAUUUGAAGAAAAGCAAUGCAGAGUUGGCUCUAGACUACGGCUUCAUUGAACCAAAUUCAAACAGGAAUGCAUUUACUCUGACGCUACAAAUAUCUGAAUCAGAUCCGUUUUUUGAUGACAAACUAGACAUUGCUGAGUCCAAUGGUUUUGGUGAGACGGCAUAUUUUGACAUCUUCUUUGACCAAACACUUCCACCAGGAGUGCUUCCAUAUCUGCGUCUGGUGGCACUUGGUGGCACCGAUGCUUUCUUGUUGGAAUCUAUAUUCAGAAACUCCGUUUGGGGUCAUCUUCAGUUGCCUGUAAGCCGUGACAAUGAGGAGCUAAUAUGUCGAGUUGUUCAAGAUGCCUGCAAAUCUGCCCUUGCUGGUUAUCAUACUACCAUUGAAGAGGAUGGGAAGUUAAAAGAAGAAAAGCCAGAUUCAAGGCAGGCAAUUGCAGUGGGAAUAAGAGAAGGAGAAAAGAAGGUGCUGCAGCAGAUUGAAGGGAUCUUCAAGGAGAAAGAGUUAGAAUUGGAUCAGUUAGAAUAUUAUCAAGAAAGGAGGCUCAAAGAUCUUGGUCUUUGCGGAGAAACUGGUGAGAUCCUUGGUGAUCUCAGCAAGUUCAUGUAAGAUGGCAGAAAAAGCGCCUUAAACUUGCACUAUCCAGAGGAAGAAGAGAAAACAGAACUUGGCAAAAGGGAAUCUCUCUCAAAGAUGAAUCUGUGCCAUUCACUCAAUUAAUUCAUGAAAGAGGGUCAAAAUCAAGUUUUUGACAUUGCCUAAUGCUUCACCAGAGAAACAUGUGAUGCAGAAUUACAAUUCCUUCUGUAUUAAUUGUGUAACAGUUCAACAGGUGUGGUAAGAAUCAGAAUGAACUUUUGGAUGUUGAUAUGGUGCUGGUCUGGUGUUACCAGGAUAUCCAUGACCAUAAUUCAUGAACACAUAACUGGAGAAGAAAAAUAAAUCAAUAAAUGGGAAGUGAAGCUGAAGACCUAAAUCAAUGUA